AUGUCUUCUUCCAACGCCAGCCAGCAGAGAGAUAGAAUAUCUACACAGCAAUACCAAUGUGAUCAAUGUGUCUUGUUUUUUAAUAACUACCAGAAGCUGCAAGACCACAAGAGAAUUCACAGAGGAAAUUCAGCAACAAUGACUGAAAUUGACCAGUCUAUUCUAGAUGAUGUUGACAUGUACCAUGACGAAAAUGAUACUAGUAAUGAAAAUGAAUCUGUUAGCAAUUCAGAAUAUACUAUAGAGUCUAUGAAGCUUGAUAAUACUAUUUCAUAUAAGUGCGCAUGUAAUUUUGAGAACAGUGAGGAACCUGGGGCUAAGAUCAGUCAUGGCAAAACUGUUGAUGCUUUGCUCAAGUCAAAGUCAAGUAUCAAGGGCCAUGAGUAUGAUGCCUGCUCUAGUGGUUGUCGAUUGUAUGGCAUUAAUGACGACCAAGAAUCUUGUGUUGACUGUGGCAAACCGCGAUACAAGACUGAUCCUGAUCAAAGUCAGACACCAGCCACCAGUAUGAAACUUAUGUCAGUUGGGGAUAUGCUUUCUCAAAUGUUGGCAGAUCCAGCCACAAGAGAACUCCUCUGUUACAGAGCAAACCAGGAAUCUGUAGCUGGUCAGCUAACCGACAUUUUUGAUAGUGACAAUUACAAGCAGUUGGUGCAGCAGGGCCUGUUCUCCAAUCCCAAUGAUAUUGCCAUUAGGCUUUAUACCGAUGGAUAUACCAACAAAUACCUUUUGCAACUGGCAAUCUUGCCUGGCCCCAAAAAGCCAACUCAUUUGGACUCCUUUCUUAUAUCCAUCAUUAAUGAAUUAUCCAAGGUCUAUCUGCUGCUUGCUUCUGACGAUAUUCCAGCUGUAGCUGAUAUGGCCCACAUUGGUUCCCAUACAAGCUUAUUUGUUUGCCGUUUUUGUGAGACCAAAGGCAAAUGCCCUACUAACAGAUGGCAUGGCAUGUACUUUGAUGACAUUUCCGCCCGGUUAAGACCUUUGGAAGACUUCAAAGUAGGCAACCCUUGUUUUCCGACCAGUGCAACAUUACCUGAUCCAUACACUGGAAAAAUAGGCCAUGUCGCAGAGUCAAUAGUUGUAGGAAACUUAAACCAAAUGAUAUCUUUUGAGUGA